GACUGCUCAGGUCUGGCGGGUCCCCGGAACGCGGGAAAACGAGUUUGUGGACCGCGGACUCCGGGAUCUCCGCCUCCUCAGCCCUGAGGAACCGCCAGCCUCCUCAGCUCUCCCCGGCUGCCCGCCUGGCGCUGCACCUUCUGCCUGAGGAGACGAGGGGACGCGGCCGCCGCCAUGUCGGAGGCCUACUUCCCGGUGGAGUCCGGCGCGCUGGGAGCCCAGGAGAACUUCCUGUCCUUGGACGACAUCCUCAUGUCUCAGGAGAAGCUGCGGGUGCGCACCGAAACGCCCCUUCCGCGCCUGGGCGCCUUCUUCCCCGAGCGGGGCGCCGUCGACCCCAGCAACGCGCUGCAGCAGGGUGCAAAGCUUGAACUUCCCUUGUGGCUGGCUAAAGGACUCUUUGACAACAAACGGCGCAUCAUUUCUGUGGAACUUCCCAAAAUCUACCAAGAAGGAUGGAGGACUGUGUUCAGUGCAGAUGCCAAUGUGGUGGACCUCCACAAAAUGGGGCCCCAUUUCUAUGGGUUUGGCUCUCAGCUCCUGCAUUUUGACAGUCCAGAGAAUGCAGAUAUUUCCCAGUCUCUGCUGCAGACUUUCGUUGGCCGGUUUCGCCGCAUCAUGGACUCCUCCCAGAAUGCUUACAAUGAAGACACUUCAGUGCUGGUAGCCAGGCUUGAUGAUAUGGAGAAGAGCUUAUUUCAGAUGGGGCAGAAAGGACUGAAUGACUUCCAGAGUUGGGAGAAGGGUCAGGCUUCUCAGAUCACAGCUUCCAACCUGGUUCAGAAUUAUAAGAAGAGAAAAUUCACCAAUAUGGAAGACUGAAAUCAAAGCACAGAAUUGGUCCUUGUGGACUUAUCUGUGUGUCAUCGUUAACUUCAUAUAAGACUACAGCCCACAGUAGUCUCAAAGCUUGGGACCAUCUGGUUGGGGAAGGGCGUCGUGGAUGCCCCUGACCUUGCUGUUCUUCCUGUAUUUCCCUUCCUGGUUGUUCUACAGCCCAGGCCUUUUGCCCCAGCUAAGAAAUCAAAGUUCAUCCUAAUUAAGGGAUUGGGGCCAUAUUCAUGGCAGUAGUUGGAGCUGGGAUUUCUUGUUUCUGGAAGUGUGGACAGCCUCAUGUCUGGUUUCACUCUGCAAAGGACAGGUACAAAGUGGGUCAUCUCUGCCUGUUCACAAAGUUCUCUUGAGUUUACUUGCCCUAUCUUCCUCUUUGAACAAAGGAUAGCAUCCACAUGAUGCUGCCCUGACAUGUAACUAUCUCCUGCUGCCUGCCUGCAGGGAGUUAUCCCAAUUUCCAAAACAGGAAAUUGGAAGAAAAAGGGAAAGGCAGAUGAAUGACAUA